UACCGAAGAAAAUUAUGACAAUUUGUUGAAAAUUGUGUGCAAUCUCGCCAAUAUCCUUCCUCCCAAUUCCCAAAUAUACUCUGCCUCUCCUCCUUCUUCAAUCACACCGUUGCCUCUUCUCCGUCUCCAUCUCCAUCUGCAUCUCCGUCGCCCAUUCAAUGUCGAUGAAGGAUGAAGGAAGAAUCCAAGAACCAAUAGCCCUGAGAUGAUCCUCGUUCCUUCAAUCGAGGGGGGCCUUGCGGAUUGAAGCCCCUCGAUAAAUCAAGAAUCUUGAACCCAAAACCCCUUGAACCCUAACCCUAACCCUAGAAUUUUGGGUGCGACUGUGAAGAAAGAAGCAAUGUCGCAGUUGAAGACGCUGUCGCACCUCGACAGCAUCCCCUCCUCGCCGGGGAAGUUCAAGCCCGACAAGCCAUCCUUCCAAAUCCACCGCCUCCGCCUCCACUCCUCCCUCCUCUCCCGCCUCGCCUUCUGGUCCCUCCUCUUCCUCACCCUCAUGGCCUUCCUGUUCCUCCUCUCCCCUCCCUCCUCGCCCUCCUCCUCGUCAUUCUCCCAGCCUCGUCGCAACCUCGGGAGCGGUGCCUCAUGGGGCGGGCGCGAGUGGGAGAAGCGCCUCCGCAAGUCCGCUGCCCCGAGGUCCAACCCCGGUCGCACCGUCCUCGUCACUGGCGCUGCCGGCUUCGUCGGCUCCCAUGUCUCCCUCUCCCUCAGGCGGCGCGGGGACGGCGUGGUUGGCCUCGACAACUUCGACAGCUACUACGACCCGGGUCUCAAGCGGGCCCGCCAGAACCUCCUUUCCCGAUCGGGCGUCUUCAUAGUCGAGGGCGAUAUCAAUGAUCGCGAACUCCUGAAGAAAUUGUUCGAUGUGGUUCCGUUCACCCACGUGAUGCACCUUGCUGCCCAGGCCGGCGUCCGGUACGCGAUGGAGAACCCAUCGUCCUACAUCCACAGUAACAUUGCCGGGUUCGUGAAUCUUCUUGAAGCCUGCAAGUCGGCCAACCCUCAGCCAGCCAUAAUCUGGGCCUCGUCGAGUUCUGUCUAUGGGCUUAACUCCAAGGUGCCCUUCUCAGAGAAGGACCGAACCGAUCAGCCUGCAAGCCUCUAUGCUGCCACAAAGAAGGCAGGCGAGGAAAUUGCUCAUACUUACAACCACAUUCACGGGCUCUCGAUUACAGGCUUGCGGUUCUUCACCGUCUACGGACCCUGGGGCCGCCCUGAUAUGGCAUACUUCUUCUUCACCAAGAACAUACUGAAAGGAAAGCAGAUCACAAUAUAUGAGGGGCCUGAUCACAGUUCGGUGGCCAGAGAUUUCACCUAUAUUGAUGACAUUGUGAAGGGAUGUCUUGGGGCUUUGGAUACGGCUAAGAAGAGCACGGGGAGCGGGGGCAAGAAGAAAGGGGCUGCCCAAUUUCGGAUAUUCAACUUGGGGAACACGUCCCCUGUCCCAGUGACAGAGCUUGUUAGGAUCCUUGAAAAGUUGCUUAAGGUGAAGGCCAAGAAGAAGCUGCUUCCACUUCCGAGGAAUGGAGACGUUAAGUUCACUCAUGCGAACAUAAGUUUGGCUCAUUCCGAGCUCAGGUACGAGCCCAAGACCGAUUUAGAGGCUGGGUUGAAGAAGUUCGUUAAGUGGUAUAUCAGCUACUACAACAAUGGUUCAAAGAAGAGCUCCUUUCGGUGAAACGUCUUGACACCUCGGGCUAUAACGGAUCAUGAUUCUUGGUUAUAUGGAUCACCUGUGCUGGUUAUUUAAGACUGGUGCAAUUUACUCUCAUUGCUCUGUGCCUCAUUGACUGAUACCUCCAUUUAUUGAAAGAGCAUUGGAGUUUAUAGAUAAUUUGGCUGAUCAAAUCGGGCUUUUGUUAUGUCUUAACAUACUCUCAAUUUCAUUACAUUUGAUU